CCCAGCAGCAGGGUACCGGCGCUCGUCGUCGUCGUCCUUCAUCAUCAACACCCAAACUCUCCAUUCCUAAUAAUAUUUUUAGAACUGAUGAAAAGCUAUCACCGCCGCCGCCGGGAAAAGCUGCCCCCACUAAUAACAAUACUAUUAUUAAAAACAAUAAGCUCGCUGCGAUGGUAUUUAAUUGGGCUAACGAGUUCAUCGACACCUUCAUUGACCCUCCCCUCCGCCCCUCCGUCGAUCCGCGGCACGUUCUGGCGUCCAACUUUGCCCCCGUCGACGAGCUCCCGCCGACCGAGUGCGAGGUCGUCGAGGGGUCCCUGCCGCCGAGCCUCGAGGGCGCCUACAUCCGCAACGGCCCGAACCCCCAGCAUCUCCCGCGCGGACCCUACCACCUCUUCGACGGAGACGGGAUGCUCCACGCCGUCACGAUCUCGGGCGGGAAGGCCACCUUCUGCAGCCGCUACGUGAGAACCUACAAGUACGAGCUAGAGCGGGAGGCCGGGGGCCCCGUCGUCCCCAACUUCUUCUCGGGCUUUAACGGCCUGCCCGCCUUCGUUGCCCGCGGGGCCCUCGCCACUGCCCGCACGCUUUGCGGGCAGUACAACCCGGCCAACGGGAUCGGGCCCGCAAACACGAGCUUGGCCCGUUUCGUCGGGGAGCUCUUCGCCCUGGCCGGAUCCGACCUCCCCUACGCCGUUAGAGUGACUCGGGACGGAGACAUCGUCACCGUCUGCCGCCAGGAUUUCGGCGGAAAGCUGGAGACCAGCAUGACAGCCCACCCGAAGAUCGAUCCGGACACGGGCGGGGUGUAUGCCUUCCGGUACGGCAUCACCCCGCCCUACCUGACCCUCUUCAGAGUCAACCCCGACGGAACGAAAGAAAGGGACGUCCCGAUCCUCUCGGUGACGCGACCGUCGUUCAUGCACGACUUUGCAAUCACGAAGAACUACGCCGUCUUCGGCGAGACGCAGAUAGAGAUGGCGGCGAGCCUUCUCGACCUGGUUUUUAGGACCGGGUUCUCGCCGGUGAAGGUGGACCCGAGGAAGGUCCCGAGGAUCGGGGUGAUCCGGAGGGACGCGGAGGAGGGGUCGGAAAUGCGGUGGAACCUCGAUCUCGGUGUCAUCAAUCCUGCCUAUGUCGCUAAGAAAAACAAGUAUGUGUACGCCGGGAUAGGGAAUCCAACACCAAAGGUAUCAGGAGUGGUGAAGCUGGACAUCUCGAUGUCGGAAUCCGACCGCCGGGAUUGCACAGUGGCUAGCAGGCUAUACGGGCCGGGGUGUUUUGGGGGGGAGCCGUUCUUUGUUGCCAAAGAGGGAGCGGUUGAGGAGGACGAGGGGUACGUGUUGUCGUACGUGCAUGACGAGAAAACAGGAGAGUCUCGGUUCAUCGUCAUGGAUGCUCAAUCUCCCGACCUACACAUUGUGGCCGCUGUCCUGCUCCCCCGCCGAGUUCCUUAUGGCUUCCACGGCCUCUUUGUCUCCCAACAUCACCUACUCCCAGUGGCGGAGCCAGGAGGUCACUAGUGGGGGCACACUCGGGGUCGGGGGAGUCCAAGGCAAUGCUCCCAAUUUUUAACUACAAUAUAAACUGAUAAAUCAAUAAUAAAUUGUAUCUCAAAGAUUAAAAUAAUUUACAAAAAUAUAACAAUAAAAUGUCAUUAUUAUUAAUCAUACCAUAAAGAAGUACUAACUUUUGUUUCUUGAAUAAGAUUUUGGUCAUUUG